ACUUCAUCUGCUGGGCUGAGCCUCGAGAGAGAGAGAGAGAGAGAGAGAAAAGGAAGGAAGGAAGGAAGAAAGAAAGAAAAGAAAAAGCAAAGUUGUCCAUCUCGCAUCUUGGGAGCCAUCAGCCCGACCGCCCGACCGCCCGACCGCCCGCCCGCAGCGGCUCGGCAUGCCGGACUGAGCGGCAUGGCUUCGGCCGUGUUCGAGGGCACGUCGCUGGUCAACAUGUUCGUGCGGGACUGCUGGGUGAACGGCGUCCGGAGGCUGCUCGUCAGCCCGCGGGGGGACGAGGAGGACUUCUUCGAGAUUCGCACCGAGUGGUCGGACAGGAACGUGCUCUACUUGCACCGCAGCUACUCGGACCUGGGCCGACUGCUGCGCCGCCUCAACGACUCGUUCCCCGAGGACACCGGAGACUUGUCGGCCUCCCCCCUCAACGAAGGCCUGGUGAAAAUCAAACAAGCGAACGACAUUGAGGAGAAGCUCAACGAGGUGGAAAGGCUGCUGAAAAAUGCCAUCAACAUGCCGUGCAAGUAUUCCAGAUCCGAGGUAAUGCUGACGUUCUUCGAGCGCUCGCCGCUAGACCAGGUGCUCGGGAACGAUAAAGUGCACAGAAUCCAGCCCUGUUUCCAAAACCCCAUCAAAAUCUCGGAGAUCAUGCGCUCCAACGGCUUCUGUCUGGCCAACACGGAAACCAUCGUGUUUGAUCACAAGCCGCCGGACGAGAAGGAGAGACCCUCCUCCACCGACUCUGUGGAGCAUACGUACGAGGACGGACUCGAGUUCCUGCCCGUGGAGGGGCCAGCGUGCGACGGGGAAGCGGAAGCGUACGUCACCAACUUGUCCUACUAUCACCUGGUCCCGUUUGAAACUGACAUCCUGGAAUGAGACGAACGCGUCUUUGGCGGACAUGCGAUGCUCUCCCUAUGAACUGUGGAGCCAAUGCAGGAUCGGGAAAACCCCCGGCAAGAUGGCACCUGAUUGACUUUUCUGGUGAUCCUUCCCGGAGGACCUCGGGGGAAAACGACACGUGCUCUCCGGCCACCUUGAAUUCUAAAUCAGCAGUUUUAACACAGAUUACGGAGUUCGUGUCGGAAUCUCUUUCUGCCAUCUUUGUUUACCGCGCUAUUUUGGAGCGCCUAAUGAAGCCCGCGGGAGGAUUUGUCCGGCGGAUUUUGCAGCUUUGACUGCUUAAGCGAUGGAUUAUUUCUCAUGGAAGUGGCAAAACCAAAUAGCCGUCCUGGUGUACCGCCUGGAACCCUUCGUGGGUCCUUUAAUUUUUCAUGUUAUGCAGCUGAAUUUGCACAUCUUGCUAGAGUUAUUUUUUACUCCUACAUGUAGCUAUUUUCUAAAGUGUUUGUUCUUUAGGGUAACAAGUGAGCUGGAGCUAGUCCCGGGUGACUUUGAGCGAGAGACGGGGUACACCCUGGCAAGCAAACGU